AAAAAUAUCGAAAAGCGACAACAGCGCCGCCAGCUGCCGCAACCAGUCGCCAUCGACAGAGGCCUUGCGGAAAUCUGUCCGACUCUCGAUGCAACUGGGGGGCUGCAUCGAGAGUGUCCCUCCAUACGAUCCCAGUCUCGUAUGACGACUGACAAAUGGCUGCCCAGAAGCUCGGUCCCCCAAUACAACCAUUUUCCUCGUUUACCUUCUGAUCAAAGGACCGAUCACGCCUUAGAAUUCUGUUGCAUUCAACUUUCAACAUGACUACCAAUGCAGGAGUGGCUGAGCUCUUUGAUUUAUUAGAGUCUAACAAAUUAGUUGAUGUCGAGGAAAUCAAAAAAGUGUUCCACGACCAUUUCUUAUCAACGAAAGACAGCUGGCUGGUAAAUGGUCUGUUCGAUUACUACAUCUCCACAAAUUCUCUAAGAGCUGUCGAGGUUCUAGCAGGUGUGCGAGAGCCACAUGAUAAGUAUUUACUAGAUCGGCUGACAGAGGCUCUUUCGAAGGCUAGCAGUCAAGGGCAAAGGGUACAAGCACUGACGUUACUUGGCCAUGUAGCUCGACGUCAGCCCACCUGGCUAUAUAAGCUUGCAAGUCACACGCUCUUCAGAGAAUUGCUAAAAUUGUUAAAGGUGGAGAAUGAUACGUUGUCUUUGAUGAGCGCGCUUCUUCUGUUAGUGACACUCUUGCCGAUGCUACCAGCAGCCCUUGGGCCAUAUCUCUACGAAAUAUUUGAUGUCUUUGGACGCCUAGCUUCUUAUUAUCAUCAUCAAUCGCUGUCGUCUUCCUCAACUAAUUUAACUUCAGUCUCGGGUCUGGCUGGCAUUGACAAAGACCAUCUGUAUCUACUGCAUCUUCAAGUCGGGUUGUAUAGUCUAUUCCACAGGCUAUAUGCUAUGUAUCCAUGCAAUUUUAUUUCAUACCUGAGACAGCAAUAUGUACAACACGAUCAACUGACCACAUUUGCACACACAGUGAGACCAAUGUUGGACUCGGUGAGAAUGCAUCCAUUACUAGUCACCGCUUCGAAGGAAACGGAAACUUCAGCUGCCAGAUGGAAGCGAAUGGAACACCAUGACGUAGUGGCGGAAUGUGGUCGUUUCGCUCUGGACAGGUGUCGUGAAGAGGUCACCGUCCCUUCCAACGCCCGUUUCACUCCGAUUUUAGAUCAUCCCACAGCCUAUCCUGCUGUCAACUCCACUGGUGUUAAUUCAUCCACCGGAGGACUGACCAAUGGCGAAGAGGAUACUUUCUGGUCACCAAGCAUGGCGAUGCCUCCGAACAGUCCACCUCCUCUUCAAACUUCGACACAUGAACCCAGAUCUACUCCAUCUACUCCCAACAGCAAUGCGAAUAAUAACGUUGCCAGAAGUGGCACUUCACCUCCAGAGGCUGCAGUCGAAGCUACCCCUGAGACCACUCCGGUCAAGGACUUACGGCAGCUGUCUACCAGACAACUACCAGUGGGCUCUUCCGCGGUUCGCGCUCUAGGAGGGUUCGGGAAUGGUCCUUUGGGAACCAACUCCAGACCCUCGACUCCUGUGUCCACAAAUCCCACGUCUCUCGGUUUCGCCGUUUCUGGACUGGGAGGCGGCGGUGACUCGCAUUCGAUAUUAUCCCAGAAGAUCAACAGACUCGUCGCCGAACGCCAAACCGUUCUCCAGCAAUCGCAAACAAUGUCGCCGGUUAACGUCGAGCCGGACACCAGGACGGAAGAGGUCGACCUGAGUCAGGACGGGAAGAACGACUCCUGGCAAGAGGACCAAGAGGUCCUGGAGAUCGUUAAUUCUCAGACUGGUAACCAGGCCUACGGGUCUAAUUUCGCCGAUCUGAGAACCGAGUCCUACGACGAGGCAAACAGUCAGGGUGUCCUGGCCGAUUUGUCCAGUACCGUGCAGAGACUUCGGUUUUAUUCCCAGUGUCAGCCCUCGGUGAUUUGCCAGUAUGGGCACUUUGCUUGCAAGACUCGUAGGACCAAGUCCUGUCCCGAGAUGAAAGUUGAGAAUAAAAUGGAGUCUGUGGAGGAAGGCGUGGGCAGUCUGGCCGAGGCAAAGUGCAUGGAGGAAGCAGCUACGCAAACCUGCGAAACGGUGCCCUACGAGCAUCUCUUACUGGGACUUUUCACCCAUCGGAAUCAGAACUCGGAGCAUCCAUCUAGGCAGAACUCAUCCGACUCCAGAUUGUCACCAAGCUCUAUGCUGGAUCGUUACGUGGAGGCUUGUGCGCGCACCGGAAACGUAGUUUCUAACGAACCUAAUAAAUCUAAAACGCUAUACGUGAAGUCAAGAUACCGGAGACGCUUAGACGAAGACGCCAGUGAGGAAGUCGGCGAGGAGGACGGCUUGGACGGUAAUGGCAUAUAUCAGCAACUACAGUUAAUGCAGAUGCAAUUGCAAUUCGAGCGUCAACGCAGGGAGGUCCAUGCUGAGCGCAAUCGGAGGCUUAUCGGGAAGCUGAGGGACUCGCGAGCUCUCGAAGAGCACAACUCCGCUUUGUUGGACCGUCUCCGGAUGGUGGAGAAGGAGCUGGAGAACCUGAAGAACGAGCUGGACCGCAACAAAAGGGAGACUCGUCAGGCUGAAGAGCGCCACGCCGAGGCUCUACGCCAUUGGCAGUCCAAAUGCGUCGAGGAGCAGCAGCAGAACAAACUACUGCGGGAGCGCUCGGAGUCGCUCGAGCUGGAGAUCAAACAGGAGAAGAAGAAGCUGGCGAGCUGCGAGCGAGAAACGCGCAGCGCCGAGGCGGCGCUCUUCGACGCAGCACAUCAGCUAAAAGAUGCCCUGAAGGCUGCGAAUCGCGGUGAAGAGCUCAAGCGCACCCUUGACACCGUGCAGAAGAAAUUUCUCCUCCUCGGAGAGGCCCAGUCGAGGCUACGAGAGCGUUCCGGUGGUCCCAUGUCGAUGGCUCGCCAGGAAGCCGCUCAGAUACAGAGAGCCUAUGCCGAGGAAUUGUCCAAUCUCCGCCGGCAGCUGGACUCGCGGGCGUCCCUAAUCGAGGCACUGAGAAUGCGCCUUGUCGAAUUGGAGGCCCGAGAGACCCGCAAGGAGUCCCAGCUAAUCGAUCAGCAGAGGCUGCUGCAGGACACGAAGGAGAGGCACGAGGCCGAGCUCAACGCCGUCGAGUCCAAGUACCAGGCCCAGGUCGAGAUCAACCUUGUCCUGCAAACGCGAAUCUUGGAGCUCCAUGGUAGCCUGGAGGCCGCCACCUGUAGUACCAGCACGGCCACCAUUAACGUAACCUCCUCGGCCUCGCCCAAAGAGAGAUCGCCCCCCUUGUCGACGAGCCUGGCCUCAUCCAGCGACGGCAGCCAUGCGAUCAUCCCCUCCGGGAUCAUGAUGAACGAUUGCUGCGACCCUGGCGGCGAGAUCCCGAAUCUUCAGGCCAUUGUCGAGCCGACACCGAGCCCGCUGCGCACUGGUCAGCGACAGACACCCAAGCAGGAUUGAAUGUCGAAAUCUGAUUUCUGAUCGAGAACUCUAUAUCCGUAACCGAGCACACGUCGUUUCCUUUGGUUUCGCCCUAGUCGAGCGGUCGUCUUCUCCGAGGUCGAGGAGAGACCGCUGCUCCGGCGAACGACCGAGGCACCACCGCCGGCUAGAUCCCGUACUAUCGGGCGAUCGUCCGGCCAGCACUGAGCCUAACUUCGCGAUGUCCGCUUCCAGUUUUCCUGGCGAGAUUCGUUAAGAGACUCUCAGGUAACUCGCAAACCGAGGGCUCGAAAUUCAAAGCGUCGACCGUUCUAUUUCUGAGAGAGCGCUUUCAAUGAGAUCCUCUUUGAUGUUGCAGGACACGCGAAUAAGGCAUUCGAGCGAUAGAAACGGGUUCUUAGGUUUCACGCGUAGUUUCCAAUUGCUAUGGCGUUGCGGAUGUUGUCCAGCUUGAGCGUACGUUCUGCAGAGAUCAAGUCUGAUCGACAAAAACUAUAGCUAUGCCAUUAACCUCCGGGAUCGCGACGAAUUACUGUUGUGAUUCCGAGGAAGCCGCAAACCCUUCAGGCUGUCGUCGAGCCCGUUACUCACGAAUCAUCGAUGACCCCUGAAACAGGGCGAAAUUAAUGCCUCGAGUGGUUAAUAAAUUAUACAUUAUAUUAGGCCGCGCGUUUUCACGUUUCACCUAGCCUUAGUCGUCUGACAGUCUUUUCAAGGUCGGAGAUUCCCAAGAAGUAUGUCGACCCUUAUCGAGAUCGAUGGGCUUUAUACGAUCCCACUUCGUGAAGUCUGCAUCUCGUUUUACGUGAGAAUUUGUAAAAUAAUUAUCCUAGCGAUUUAGUCAUCGAGAGUCCAAUUUCUAAAGCGCCGAGCUUACCUUCGGCUGAUUUCAGUUCAGGGGCGAAACGGGGGGUGAGGAAAUUGUAGGGACUAGGAAUUACACGUUUGGACGAAAGGAACGGGAACUUGUUGCUGUUUCUUAUAUAUCAAUCGUAGUUUCCAAUUGCCGCGACGAGGCGAUGCUGGUUAAUCCGAAAAUAUGUACCGUAGGAUCAAGCUCCAGGGGUGUAGCUGCGAUAAUGAUUUUGCAGACCCAAGGUUGUCGGGGAUUGUGAUUAUGCACUGAGCGUUCUACACCCCGCAAGCCUGGAAUGUCGCUGCUGUAUCUCUAAUAUCCUAUAGCGACUUCAAAUCGUGUGGAUUUUAAGUACUUGCGAGGUCUAUCGAUACAAUGUCACGUGAAACUCUGUGCCGAUUUCAUGGCGCGGCUGCUUGCUGUUCAGAUCCAGUUGCAACCGAAAACCAUAGUAUUCGAAUUACUCAUGUUUGCCAGCUAUAUUUUAACGCUAAGGCAAUUGGAAACUAGAGAAAGUCGAUCUCUUUGUAUUCCGCUGGGAUUUUCUAACGCAAAAUUAACGAUGAAUCCUGAUUAAAGGGGCGAUCGUACACGCCGAUGGUUAUGGCCUUGGAUGCCGUUGCUUAUUUCCUCGAUAAUUGCGCAUAUGUUUCGGCGAGGUCGGGGGUCGGCGACCCACGGAGAGACUUUUUCUCGGUAGCUUAUAAUUAUUAGAAUAAUCACGAUCCGUGGGAUAAAGAAAAACAAAUGUAAUGAUUCAAUGCAUGAUCGUCUGUCAAUCGGUUACCUCGAGGGCGGCGCUCAGUCUUGGCCCUUACGAUCGGACGCUUAUUCACGACGAAUUCAACGUUAAUAAAAGUUGAGAUAUUUUGUGAGCAAUCCCGGGCACGAUCCCGUCCCCAAUUUCAUGACCCAUCCAUGAAAUGUGGAAAUGUUAACGCAGGAAUGGAACUUUAUAGGCUCUCUUUAUUUUUCUCCGACCGCGAGUCGAAGCCUUCUGGUCGUUGGUACAAAAACGAACUAAUAUGUAUUGUCGCGUAUAACGUCGUAUAUACGCGUACAACAAUAGUACUGCAUAAUACUGAGCGUAUUGAUUUACCAAUGCGUAGGUACAGGUACUGCGCGAUUGGUAAAUUCGCAAGUGUUGCAUCGAGUUGCCGCGAAUCGCAUAUCUGCGAGUGCUUGCUAAAAAAAAAUCUCAAUGGCCCGCCACACUAUCGAGGGAUGGUCCUACAAAGAAGAAGUAAAUUGUGAAGAUUCAUUUACCUAAAAAUGGGUAAAAUGAUAGUCCAAGAAGCGAGGUGUUAAUAGGUUUGCAAUUCUUGACUCAUGGUCAUGAGGAUCGCAUCAUUGGGAGUGGCGUAGGUUGCCAAGUCUGAAAUCAAGAAAAAUGGAUCAAAGUGCCAGCGAACAUUCUUUGGCGAAGAGGACUGAUGAAAUGUUAUUAAAAUAAGUAAUACCUAAUCUAUGAUCGAUCGAUAAUUGGGGUAUUUUGUACUUACGACUAUGGCCUUGGUGAAUGGGGUUAACUUUGGCUUGUCGGAGCAAUAAGUGAAGAAUCCAAUAAA